AUGGUAGAAACACUACGCGAAAUCGACCAGAUUUGCCGACUUUGUUUAUCCGAGCAAAAAGAACUACUAAUUCCCGUUAAGCAUGCAUUUGGCAGCUUGCUCACCGCCGGGGACGUUGCAAGAUUCACCGGUAUACAGAUCCCAACGGAAGAUAACGUUCCAUACGUGAUUUGCAUAGAGUGUAAAAACAUAUUAAGGAAAUCAGUUGCCUUUCGCAACUCGUGUUUGCGCAAUGAUAGACUCUAUAGUCAACUGUUCUCAGCAUUCAUCGCGAAUGCUGGACAGGAAUGCCACAGUAGGCAACAGCAAUGCAAAGAGCAAAGAAAGCAGCCUCAAGAAAGCUAUGAAGCAGAUUACAACGAUUUUGACGAGAGCAACAUCGAAGAUAUUAGCGACACUGAAAUCAUCAGCCUGCCGAACACAACAUUCGAAUAUUCCAUUAGUACCAAGCAACUAGCCGAUUCUUGUUACACGGAAGAGUUGGACGAAUGUGCCAAUAGUCUUGGAAAAAGCAAAGCUGUUGAAGUUGACGCUCCUCGACCAAAACCAGUACGUUCAGCUAGUAAUAAUGUAAAGUCCCAUAAGGAUAUAUCAACUAGUGGCGAAACAACGAUCCGGGAAGAUCAAAUACCAGUCGACAUUUCUGACGAGUUUUAUUUCCCGUAUUCAACGAGACAACUAUGUGACAUAUGUGGCCAGAUGGUAACUAAUAUCAAUCGGCACUUGUUAAGCCACACGAAGCAAGCGAAAUUCGCUUGCCCACACUGUCCCGUGCAGAUGACGGACAGCUCCAAUCUUAUGCGUCAUAUAAGAGCCGUGCACAACAAAACAAUCGUUAAAACAUGUGAAAUAUGUGGCAAGGGAUUCACACACUACAACACCUACAAUUCGCACAUACGCUCCAAGCAUAAUAUUGGGGAAAAGUAUGAAUGCAAAAUUUGUCUAAGGAAAUUCAACCACCAUAGUGGUGUUAGGGAGCACACUAAACGCGUACACAACUUUGAAAGCAAAUUCGGAUGCACGCUAUGUUCCAAACGGUUUAAGACUAGCAAAGCGCUCCAAAUACACGGCAGAGUACAUUCUAACGAACAGCCGUACCCUUGCAAUCAAUGUCCGAAGCGUUUCAAAAGUGGGUACGCUCGCAACAUUCAUCAACUUACACACAGUGGUGUCGUUUUUUCUUGUCAGAUUUGCGAUAAGACCUAUCGGUACAAAGCCUUACUUAACAUGCAUUUAAGAAAAUUCCAUCCAGAAAUGUGUCCCCAAAACGAUGACGAUUAUAGUGGAAUCCCUCAAUAA